UCCACAAAUCCAUCUGAUCCGUCUGCACCAAAAAUGGCCUCUAUCAGCCCCGUCAGAGUCGUCGGCACUGUUGCCGCCCUAGCUGCCACCGGUUUCCUCGGUUACGCCGUCUACUUCGACUACCAGCGAAGGAACUCGGCUACCUUCAGAAAAAGCCUUAAGAAGCAAGAGAAGAAGCUUGCUGCUGUUGCCGAGGCUGACGCCAAGCAGCAAAAGGAGAAGGACAACCUCGCUCUCAGGGAAGGUUUCCUUAGGACCCAGUUGGAGCCCGUUCCCAGCUCUCCCGACCAGCAAGAGGCCUACUUUGCUGAACAGGCCAACAGCGGUGAACUCGCCAUUGCCAAGGGUCCCGAGCACUACGUCGAGGCAGCUUUGCACUUCUUCAAAGCUUUGAGAGUCUACCACUCUCCUGGAGAGCUGCUUGCUGUCUAUCAGCGAGUCUGCCCUCCCGAGGUCCUCGAGAUGGUUGUUCGCUUGAUCGGUCUUUCUCAGGGCGUCGCCUCCUCUCUUGAAACUCCUGAGCGUGAGCCCGCCAGCGUCAACGACAUUGACGACACUCCUUCUGCCUCCGCACAGGCCAAGGCCGUGGAAGAGGGCAAGGCCGCCGCUACUGCCGCUGUAGCUGAGGCUGUUGCCGAGAGCGAGAAGGAGAAGGGGGAAGAGAAGAAGGAAGAGGAGGAGGAGGUUUCGAGCCCCAAGACUGCCAGCCAGGGGAGCGGUGCCGAAUGGGAGAACGUGAACGAGAAGCCCGAGGAAGAGUCUGCCUAAGUAUGAAUGGAGACUGCGAGAGCGAAUGUUGCGAUGAUGGGUAUCAGAAGACAGGGGGACAAGCAUUACGAUCUUUUAGUCUGCUUUGAGUUUGUAUAUCCAAGCAAGUACAAUUGGGGAGGUCCAUAGACAAUCGCGGAGCUACGAUCGGGUUUACAGAGUUUGCGCAUCACAUCUCAUAUCAUAUGAAUAACCUGUAGCCUUU